ACGAUGACGAUGAAUAGUUGAGAAGAGCCCCGCCAAUCAAGGUGGAAGCUCCACCAUACUUGGCGUUAUGCCCGACCAGGUCAAUUGUAUUGGAUUGAGCCUUUUGAAGCGCAUUGCGUCGCGUUUGCUUAGUUGAGCCAAAUGCAAAGCGGUAGAAAGAAAAAAAAAGGUGGGCAUCCUUCCAGCUCAGACAGGAGGUGACUGGGAGGUGAGUGCGGACAAGGUACCGAGCGCCCAACUUUGGCACGGGUGUGACAACAUUCAUCGCCAGGUAUAUUUCUCUACAACUUUGCAUCUCCUCCCACCUUCUUCCCUUCCUUUUCUUUCUCUCUUCAUACAUCUUCAAAAACCCCAAUCUAUACCUACCACUCCCCGAUCGCAUAUCAUAGCCCAUCAUGUCUGGCCCUGUGUAAGUUGAAGCUUCCCUCAUACCUCAUCUCUUGACAUUUUCCCCCCCCCCCCCGCCACAGCCUCAUGGUGAUGCUCUCAUGCUCUCAUUCCCGCGCCCUCCGGGCGCUGGAGCGAGAAAUGAAGGGAUCGCCAUAUUGAAUCCGUGCCUGGACUGUUUGGGGCAUUCGCAGUCUUCAUCCUCAUCGUGAUCAUGGCUCAUGUUCUCGAGGUAGAGCUCGUCUCGCUCACCUCAACCUGGGUGCCCCUCAACAGCACAAUUCCUUGACCUCACUCUCAAGCUCUGCUACGAAUCAAAAUGCGACGAAUGCUGACAUUAUGGCAAGUGCGGAUCUGGGCCUCAUCGGCCUUGCUGUCAUGGGACAGAACCUUAUUCUGAACAUGGCUGACAACGGCUUCACCAUCUGCGCCUUCAACCGAACCGUCUCCAAGGUCGACCGAUUCCUGGAAAACGAGGCUAAGGGCAAGUCCAUUGUCGGCGCCAAGACUGUUGAGGAGUUCGUCAGCAAGCUCAAGUCUCCUCGCCGUGUCAUGCUCCUGGUCCAGGCUGGUCAGGCUGUCGACGACUGGAUUGAGAAGAUUCUGCCCCUCCUUGACGCCGGCGAUAUCAUCAUCGACGGUGGUAACUCUCACUUCCCUGACUCCAACCGCCGCACCAAGUAUCUUGCUGGCAAGAACAUCCGCUUCGUCGGCUCUGGUGUCUCUGGUGGUGAGGAGGGUGCCCGAUAUGGCCCCUCUCUCAUGCCCGGUGGUAAUGAGGAGGCCUGGCCUCACAUCAAGGACAUCUUCCAGAGCAUUGCCGCCAAGAGCGACGGCGAGGCUUGCUGUGAGUGGGUUGGCGACGAGGGUGCUGGUCACUACGUUAAGAUGGUUCAUAACGGUAUUGAGUACGGUGAUAUGCAACUUAUCUGCGAGGCUUACGACAUCAUGAAGCGCGGUCUCGGUCUCUCCAGCAAGGAGAUCGGCGACGUCUUCGCCAAGUGGAACAAGGGCGUCCUGGACUCUUUCCUGAUUGAGAUCACCCGAGAUAUCAUGUACUUCAAUGACGAUGAUGGCACUGCCCUCGUUGAGAAGAUCCUCGACAAGGCCGGUCAGAAGGGUACCGGUAAGUGGACCGCUGUCAACGCUCUUGACCUCGGCCAGCCCGUGACCCUCAUCGCCGAGGCUGUCCUUGCCCGAUGCCUGUCUGCCAUCAAGGACGAGCGUGCCACCGCUUCCACCAAGCUUGAGUUCGUCAGCCGAACAACCAAGUUCGAGGGUGACAAGGAGCAGUUCCUCGAGGAUCUCGAGCAGGCUCUGUACGCCUCCAAGAUUAUCUCUUACGCCCAGGGCUUCAUGCUCAUGCAGGAAGCUGCUCGUGAGUUCAACUGGAAGCUCAACAAGCCCUCCAUUGCCCUCAUGUGGCGAGGUGGUUGCAUUAUCCGAUCCGUCUUCCUCAAGGACAUCACCCACGCCUACCGCUCCCAGCCCGACCUCCAGAACCUUCUGUUUGAUGACUUCUUCAACAAGGCCAUCCACAAGGCUCAGCCCGGCUGGCGAGACGUUGUUUCCAAGGCUGCUCUCCUUGGUAUCCCCACCCCCGCCUUCUCUACCGCUUUGUCCUGGUUCGACGGUUACCGCACCAAGGACCUCCCCGCCAACCUUCUCCAGGCUCAGCGUGACUACUUCGGUGCUCACACCUUCCGCAUCAAGCCCGAGAACGCUAGCGACAAGUACCCCAACGGCCAGGACAUUCACGUCAACUGGACCGGCCGUGGUGGUAACGUCUCUGCCUCUACUUACCAGGCUUAAGUUGCUUGUCGGGGUAAAGAGAUGGAACUAUGAUUGGUUAAAGAAUGAAUACCACCGGGCUGUACGAAGCUCGAUCGCUGCGUUUUUAUAAAAAUCUGUGCUUUGGUACACAGAACACGGUAACGCUGCAAGGAUAAUGAUGAAUGGGCCGGUACGGAUUUAGAAAGCUUAAGUGAUGAAAUUCAGGUUUGCGUUUAGAACCUGAUGAGAAGCAUGAAAACAAGAUCAAAUAAUAUUUUCCGAAUGAAAUACACAAAUCGGUGAUACGUGAAAGUUCCUGGUCGUGAUAACCGUUGUAGGACUCAAUUUAUUGUUUGCCC